CUUAAAAAUUUAUCCCGAAAAAAGAGUACCGUACAGUAGUGGUAAGAGAGAAAGAGCACAUAGGCACAAACCCAUCAUGCUGUUUUGGCGUGUAAACUCCCGCACGUGCCUGCCUAUCACGUGCCACUCCCAACUAAAACCAAAACCAAAACACCUCCUCCGCAGCGUCAUUUAUCCCAUCCCAACCCCCUCCCGUCACCUUAACUCCUCCUCUCCUCUCCUUCUCCCUCUGCAAUAAAUACCAUCACCGUCUCUCUUUCUCUCUCUAGACAUGGCCUAACUCUCUCUUCUCUCUCUCUCUCUCCAACCCUUUUCCUUCUCCUCCUCUUCCCACUAUGUCUACCUCAUUCCCGCCGCCGCUACCCGGCGCAGAAAGCGGCUACCCCCCUCCCACCGCUGUCAUCACGCAAAUGCCGCAGCUCCCGCCGCCUUUUACCGACACGUCAUCGCCCUCGGCGUCCUCGUCUUCCUCCGCUGUCUCUUCGUCUUCCAUUGUCAUAGUCAUCAUCAUCAUCGCUUCCGCCGUCAUCGUCUCCGCCUCCAUUUACCUCCUCCUACGCUUCCUCUCCAAGCGCUUCCACCGCUCCUUCCGCACCUUCUCCGCUGACGACGUCGUUCUGCGGCAAGACUCGUCUGAUCCGAGCUCGACCCAGCCGCAAUGCCACGUGGCGGGCGCCGGGUUGCUCGACUCACUCCCACUCUUCACCUUCCGUUCUGUAACCGGGAACCUCACCGGAGGCGACUGCGCUGUGUGUUUGUCGAAGUUCGAGCCGCAUGAUCAACUCCGGUUGUUGCCGCUUUGCUGCCACGCGUUCCACGCGGACUGUAUCGACACGUGGAUCGUCUCCAACCAGACUUGUCCGCUCUGCAGGUCCGCCGUGCUCCCCUCCGACUCCGAUGUUCUCGAUAAAAUACACUCCACCGAGAAUGGCGGCGUUAGUAACAGUAGCCUCAGAAAUGGAGAUGGAAACAGCGGGAGUUUUCGCAUCGAAAUCGGAAGUAUCAGUCGCCGCCGCGGAGGUGCUGCGGACGCUGUGGAAGGAGAGCGGCGCUCGUACUCGAUAGGCUCCUUUGAUUACAUUGUGGACGAUCAUGGAUACGAGGUCUCGGUAGGGUCCACCAUUCAUCGCAGAGGCGCUUCAGAUUGCACAUCAGUCGACAAAGAAUCAUCCAUUGGAAUUCCGAUACCGGAGCCGCCGGGGGAGGUUAUCGCGGCGGAGGUAUCCGGAGGGAGGAACUGGCUGAGGGACUAUGUUGACAGGCUGGCUUCCGUCUCAAUUUCCUCCCGCGCGAUGUCGUUUCGCAGCUCCGGAAGAUUCUUCUCCGGCAGCAGUCGGCGGACCGACCCCGUCGUCUCCCCCGAGGAUCUGGAGGCGAACCGCGUUGGAGAAGAAAUCAGCGAGCUAUUUCGGUGGCUUUCUGGAAUAUAACAUGUAAAUCCUUCCAAUCCUCAGGGGUAACUUGGUAAUUCAAUUACAUAAUUUUCCCUUUUUUCCCCCACAGAUUCUCCUUAUUUUUAGAACAGUAACAUCCUCUUUUAUUCUAAGUGGAUUUUUAGCAAAAUCCGGAGUUGGAACACAAUCCUUCUUUCAAAUUUUCUGGACACAGACAAAUGCAAGCUAAGAUUAAGAAA